GGUCGAGAAACGCCUACCGCUGCCAUUGGUGGAAAAAUGGGAAACUAUAUAAUAUACUAGUUUCUAAUUGGACAACAUAACACGGAAGUGAAGAAGUGACCAAUCGACUGGAUAAAAGCACUCACCGGUUCGAGUGGAGGGGAUCGGUUUGCCUGACCUUAACAUCCGCUGAGACAGAUAAAUUUGUUUUAUACACCAAUUUAUUUUAAGUAUCAUCGACUAUGGCUGCGUAUAAGCUGGUGCUGAUUCGCCACGGAGAGAGCAACUGGAACCAGGAGAAUCGAUUCUGUGGAUGGUUUGAUGCUGAUUUGAGCGAAACGGGGGAGAAGGAGGCGAGGAGAGGUGGACAGGCCCUGAAAGAUGCCAACUAUGAGUUUGACAUAUGCUACACCUCGGUGCUGAAGAGAGCCAUCAGGACCCUGUGGCUGGUCCUGGAUGGCAUCGACCAAAUGUGGGUGCCCGUGCAUCGUACCUGGCGUCUAAACGAGCGCCACUACGGCGGUCUGACAGGCCUCAACAAGGCCGAGACGGCUGCCAAGCACGGGGAGGCUCAGGUGAAAAUCUGGAGGCGUUCGUUCGACAUCCCUCCUCCGUCUAUGGGUCCUGAUCACGACUACUACGCAAUCAUCAGCAAGGAUCGUCGCUAUGCCAGUUUGACUGAGGAUCAGCUUCCUUCCUGCGAAAGCCUCAAGGACACAAUCGCCCGAGCGCUUCCCUUCUGGAAUGAGGAAAUCGCUCCUCAGAUCAAGCAGGGAAAGAGAGUGCUCAUCGCUGCUCAUGGAAACAGUCUGAGGGGCAUCGUGAAGCACCUGGAGGGAAUGUCAGAUGAAGCUAUCAUGGAGCUCAAUCUGCCCACCGGCAUUCCCAUCCUGUACGAGCUAGACAAGAACCUGAAGCCUGUGAAGCCAAUGCAGUUCCUGGGAGACGACGAGACCGUGCGCAAAGCUAUGGAGGCCGUGGCCGCUCAGGGCAAGGCUAAGAAGUAAAACAUGGUUGUGUUCCUAAUAGUGUUUUUGUGUAAUUGGAAUUCUGGACUUGCACUGUGCUGAGAAAAUACAGUUAUGUCAAUUGUAUAGAAGGCUGAUAAGUAUUACCAUCUUAAAUGAAGUAUUAUUGGAUUAACUUGCCAGGGACGGUAGUGGCUAAUCUUUGCGCUUCUUUAUUUAACUUAUGAUCAAUUAAAUAUACGUUUGCCCCCGAUACCUUUGUGUACCUGCAUGUCUUUGGCUGAUUAUCAAAUUAAUGCAAAAAAACAAAGUCUAAGAGCUGCUGUGGGAAUUUCAUCUCAAGACAACAAAAAAGUGGUUCUGUUUCACUUAUUGAAGCUUCCAUUGUUGUCAUUCCAAUAAUAAUGCAAAUGAGGGAAGAAACUUGGCAGUCCUUUUAGGGCAUGAUGUCACACCCCAACCGUCUUUUAUUGUUAUGUCUUGAUUGUGUUGCUGUCUGUUGCGUUCUUGGAUAACGUGCUUGUCCUUCACUCUAUAAUUGUUGCAUUUGGAGUACAGUUCUCUUCCAUAAGUUGCCAUGAUGUAAAAUGAAACCAAUGUAAUGUA